CCUCGCCGCCUCUCCUCAUUUUUUCUUUAUAUUACCUCGUUUCCGUCUUUAUUUCAACUUUUUCUGUAGCGAAUUCUCACUUUCUCCAAUAUUCGCCACGAUGCGCGAAAUAGACCCGCUGGUCUUCGAAUACCAGCAUGAGAAGCACCGACCACGGGAAUCAGAGGCGCUGCUGGUCCUCCGAAAAGUAGCUUCGCUAGUCAAACCGAUUAUGCGACGCCGGGACUGGAAAGUCGGCACGCUUUGUGAAUUCUACCCACAUCAGCGAAACCUGCUCGGUCUCAACGUCAAUAUGGGCCAAAAGAUUUGUCUACGAUUGCGGUAUCCGUCCGAUCAGAACCAGUUUCUGCCUAUUGAGCAGGUGGUGGAUACUAUGCUCCAUGAGCUCUGUCAUAUUGUGCAUGGACCACAUGAUCAGCAGUUCCAUGCGCUUUGGAACCAGCUGCGUGACGAGCAUGAAGAGCUCAUUAUGAAAGGAUAUACAGGAGAAGGGUUCCUUUCAGAAGGGAAACGCUUAGGGGGCCGGAGAAUGCCCCUCGACGAGGCUCGUCGAGUAGCCAGAGCAGCCGCGGAGCAGCGACGGACUCUAUCUGCAGGGUCGGGGCGACGACUUGGUGGUGCGCCUGUUUUGCGCGGAACUGACAUGCGCCGAGUGAUUGCAGAUGCCGCACAGAGACGGACCGAAGUGACGAAUGGCUGCGCCUCCGGUGCCGAAAACAGCGCCGCACUGGCAGAGGAGGCUUCCAGGAAUGGCUUCCGGACCAAAGCGGAGGAAGACGAUGCCAAUGAGCGAGCAAUCAUGGAAGCGUACAUUGAUUUGAUCGAGCAGGAGGAGCGCGAGAGAUACGGGCCUUCCUAUAUUCCCCCAAGUCACGAGAAUCCCGCAGGUCCUCGGACAACGCUAUCUCCUCCACCUGUUCCAGAAAAUAGCAGGCCGACAGUAUCCUCUCAGCCCGCAGUUCCUAUCGAUCUCACCUCUGACGACAGUCUAUACAAUCAACCAUGGUCGUGCCCGACCUGUACACUUGACAACCCGGCUAACUUUCUUUGCUGUGACGCGUGUGGAUCAGAGCGGCCGCGACCCUCGUCCACAAGGUCUGUUUCUGGCCCUCCGAGUGUGUCGAAUCCGAAACCCGCGAACAAGAACAAGCGUUCAAUCGGCCAGGUGACGAGUCAAACUGGAUUCAAGAAUCGGACCCGUGCCGUGGAGUCGCUAGCUGCCCUUGAACAGAACGCCAAUAAGCGCCCCCUCGGGUGGUUAUGUGACAGCUGUGGCUCGUUUAUGGAAACCGAGUGGUGGACGUGUUCGAACUGCGGCCUGAUGAAGCGUGCAUCUUAACUUGUGCAGUUGAGCGUUGGCGUUUGGCGCAUAAUUGGGAGUGUCACCGAAACAGAAGACCCAUGAUUCAUGGCCUUU